GCCCUUCCCAGCACCCACAGCCCGCAAAUCCUUGAUCCAGAAAUAGGGUUGGAAGUAUCUUGGAACAUCCUCCUACAACUUCCACACACCCCUUACUAUCGCACCCAAUACAGUCCCCCCCGCCCUGCCGCAAAGCUGGAAUCCAUUGAAGACCAUCGUCGCACCCAACUUACACACUUCCAUCGCGUCCCAACGAGAUCCAGAGUCGCUGCACAUCCCCCACAAAUCUGCCACGUCAGGACCGAAGAAAGAAAAAAAAACAUUUUAAUUGAUCAUGGUCUCCUUCCAGUGCGAGGGCUGCGGAGAUGUCCUCACGAAGAAGAAGCUCGACGGUCAUCGGAACCAAUGUUACGGCGCAUCAUAUUCGUGCCUCGAUUGUAUGAUACACUUUCAAGGCACGGAUUAUCGUUCUCAUACCAGCUGUAUCAGCGAAGCCGAGAAGUAUCAGGGAGCCUUAUAUCGUCCGGAGAAGGAGAAGAAGAACAAGCAAAACAAUUCAAAAGCCCUGGUACCACACAAAGCAUACGUCGAAGACGCCGACGACGAAUAUCAAGAGAAUACGCAUGUUGAAAUCGUCGAAUCUCCAAUGCCAGCUGCUCCUUCACCUCCCUCAGCCGCUCCUGGCUUCACGUCAGAGGGCAGCCCAGUCAAUGUCUUUGAUUUCCUCGUCGCCAGCUCGACGCCAAACCAAUCUCGACUCGAACUCACAGCGCCGGAGCCGAUGCACAUGUUUACAGAUGGUCGUGAGGAAGAGAUGGACGACGACGAUGAGGAGGAAGAGGAGGAAGAUACCCAAAGAUCGCUUGUACGAGUUCGAUUCGGAGAUGCAGCACAAACCGUCAAUGAUCUGAUCGAAUACGGAAACGGACCAGUCGCGACGGAUGUAUACCAGUACGAGACCCCAGCACCAAAACAACGGAGUGAACGGAAGAAAGAAAAGAAGGAUCGGGAUCACAAGGAGGAGAAGAAGGAUAAAAAGCGCAAACGUCUUCAUGUCGAGACUCAUGACCUUUCAUCCCGCGAAGACGAGACCAUGACCGAUGCCCCACCUGUUCUACAUUCUGGAUUGACUGGUGGACUGAAUCGAUUAAUGUCAAGGCCUGAAGUGUUCCCUCCGUCUCCCGACUAUUCUGGAGGCGAUGCUGCCGAGCCGUCACCAGGUAGUCCAUUGAAGAAGACCAAGCAUACGAAGACUGUCAAGCGUGGGCGAGUCGACACCAUCAGCAACGGCAUCAUGUCUUUAAUUGGGUCAAAACGAGUUUCGUCAAGGGAGCACUCUGAUGAGCGUCCAAAGAGGAAACAACGGAAACACCGCGAAGCAAGUGAUCGCCCAAAAAUGAUCGAGUACAAACCAAUGGCCGAGGGAGCAGUGCAAGAAGAGAGUCAGAUGGUGGUAUACACACCUCACUCACCUCGAGCAGAGCUACUUCUAUCUUUCGUAAACAAGGGGCCAGACAGCGAGCGAGGCGUUAGUAUGAACAAAGCACUGAAGAGAUACCACCGCGAGCGUGUAUCAAAAGGACUUGCUCUUGGAAAGGCGCUCGAGGAGAAGGAAUUAUGGAGGAGUCUCCGGAUGAAGAAAAAUGAUCGUGGAGAGAUCGUUUUGUUUCUAUGAUACCAUAUUGUAGCAUUUUCAUGUAUUGAUUCGAUAUUGCAGGUGGAGCUCUUGUCUGGAAACUCGAGCUUAAUAGGAAGUCAAAAUGGAUUUCGAGACUGUUUUCUCUCCUCAAAAACGCUAUUGCACAAGAUGAUCCCUUGGGCACUAUAUAUGCCAAUUCUAGAUUUGAGACAGCCUUGUGGACCAAGGCUGAUUCGUGGUCAACACCAUUCCUUUUCAAUCUUGGUCCGCCAUGCAGGGCAUCACGGUGCAUGCUGCACAUGGAAUGGUAGAUGCGGUCAGAUCACUGCAAGAUUUCAGAACCUUGGAAGGUGACUCAGGCAUGACUCCCGUUCUGUGGAACAUCCCGCUUCGGCUACUGUAGCUCUGACAUUUUCUCGGGAACUUUCUCCUCUUCUCUCAUUGUUAUUCUCUCG